AACGCACUGUCCGACAGCCUCGAACGUCUGCAAGUGCAGCAAAACCUCAUAACAAACGAUCUCGAUGUUGUUUCCGACACUGUUCCGAUCACUCAUACAAUCCCACCGAGUCCUCGAGAGGGCUAUGGCUUCCGUAGAUCAGGGCUUUCUACGCCAAUUGUAGCAUCCCAAAAGGUUGAUGCUGCCUCCCUCCCACUUUCUCGCUUAAGUUCGCUCGUGCCAGACCCAAAUGGCCUCGGCUGGCCUGCCAAGUCGACGGUCUCCCGGCUCAAUGCAACGGCUGAAGAGAAAUCAGCAAGGGAGAAAAGGAUGGCCGUGGCCGUCCGCACAAUCCUUGAAUGCAUCGGUGAAGAUCCCGAUCGUGAAGGGCUCCAACGCACGCCAGAGCGUUAUGCGCAAGCUAUUAUGUGGAUGACACGAGGAUAUGAAGAGAGACUAGCAGACGUUAUCAACGAUGCUGUUUUUGCCGAAGAUCACGACGAGAUGGUUCUUGUCCGAGACAUAGAUAUCUCUAGUUUGUGCGAACACCACCUUGUACCGUUUACAGGAAAAAUCGCUAUAGCGUAUAUCCCCAACCAACUAGUAUUGGGGCUUUCGAAGCUCGCACGGAUAGCGGAAACCUUUAGUCGGCGAUUGCAAGUACAAGAGCGUCUCACGAAACAGAUUGCUAUUGCGGUUCAAGAAGCCAUCAAACCCCGCGGAGUGGCAGUUGUUAUGGAGGCAACGCAUCUCUGUAUGACCAUGCGUGGCGUCCAAAAGCCUGGUUCAAUCACCGUAACAUCUUGCAUGUUGGGAUGCUUCCGCACACAACAAAAGACUAGGGAAGAAUUCCUCACACUCAUCAAGAGCAAGUAAGCCAUCGCUUACUUCAACAUUACUUACAACGAUUCAACUCGUGCAACUCAUGAUCUAUCUUUGUCAUAUAUCGAAUUGAAUGCAAAGAAAGCAACGUUCUUGCAAA